AUGUCCCCAUCCGCGAUCGCCGACCUGCUCCCAAGCACGGGACCAUUGACAUCAAAAUCCAUCCAAGCAGAGAAGGAACAUCACGAACAUGGGAUGCAAGACAAGAGCCCGCUCGCCGCGAUCUCGCACGGCGACGUGAUGUUAGCCGGCGUGCCGAAGUUCACAUCCAUGGAACUCAAGCGACAGUGGCAACUGGAGCACAUGGCGGCGGCAUUCCGGCACUGGGCGCGAGAAGGGUACGUGGAGGGCAUCUCGGGCCACAUCAGUGUGCGGGACCCGGAGACGCACGACGUGUUCUGGACGAACCCUCUGGGCAAGCACUUUGGACUGCUGAAAGCCAGCGACAUGAUCGCGGUGAACAUGGAAGGCAAAGUCGUGGGCGGAAACCGCACUCGGCCACCCAACGCCGCGGGCUUCCUGAUCCACAGUGAAGUGCACAAGGCGCGGCCUGACGUCGUCGCCGUCUGCCACGCACACACUGUCUACGGCAAGGCGUGGAGCGUGUUCGGCAAGCCGCUCGAAAUGCUGACGCAGGACGCCUGCAAGUUCCACAACGCACACUCGGUAUACAACUCGUAUGGCGGCGUUGUGCUGGCGAGCGCAGAGGGUGAACUCAUCGCCAAGGCUCUGGGCCCAACCAACAAGGCCUGCAUCCUGCAAAACCACGGCUUGAUCACCGUAGGCAGCACCGUCGACGAGGCCGCGUUCCUCUUCCUCAGCCUCGAGCACGCAUGCCAGACCCAACUGCUUGCCGAGGCCGCAAGUCAAGGAGGGAAGAUCCCCAAGGUCCUGAUCACAGAUGAAGAGGCCGAGUACACUUUCCGCAUGGAAAGCGAUUCCGAGACCUGCUACGCCGAGUUCCAGGCCUACUACGACUGGGAGGACUAUCACUGCAAAGGUGACUUCAAGAAUUAA